AUGAUAGAUAAAGAGAAAAGAUGUCAGGCCUGUAAUCACCUUCAAAAAGGGUAUGAAUUUAGCAAAGAACAAGCAUUUGCAUUAAUUUCUCACGAGAGAAUUGAGAGAAGUAAAAGCCAAGUAAUUUCUAAAAAAGAAGAGGAUGUGAAUAUAUGCUUAGUAUCUGAUAUUACUCUAGAAGAGAAGACUAUCAAACAAACAGCUCAGUGUAUUAUGAAAGAUAAACUUAGUGAAAAAGAUGCUUUGAAGAGAAUUAUGACCCUUCAAUGCUCAGAAAAAAUAAUUUCUACUACAUUGAAUUCAGAGGAGCAUAGUGAGCAACGCGAAAAUGAAGGAAUUGAUUUUUUAGACCACUUCUCAUUAGAAUCAGUCAAGGAAAGAUUGAAUAAGUAUGAUAUAUCAAAUAUAUCUGACAAACAGGCCCUAGCCGAUAUAAUGAUAAUGCUCUGCAUUCGUCUGGCUGAAAUUAAAAACUUAUCACUAGAAAAGAAUGAGGAACAGGCUAAGCAACUCCUUACUUGGAUUCAGGAUAAUAUUUGUUCUGAACAGUUAAAGGACCCAGGAAAACUUGGAUCUAUAUAUUUAAGUACAUUUCUAAAAAAAGAUAAAUUUAUUCCUGAAAAUGGAACAGUGUUCACUUCUGUAGCACAUAGGUCUAAAAAUGCAUCAAAAGCUAACACUUAUGCCAGUGAAACUCUUCAGCAUUCACUCGAUAAUCAUGCUUCUUCAUCUAAGAGAUACAUUAUAAUCAACAUGUGA